UAUGUUCCAUGCCCCUGACUCCAUUUCAUCGUAGGUGAAGCCGAAGAACUCGGAGAGAGCACCGUCGUUCAUCGGACACUCCAGAAAGUUCAUGUCUUCAGUUCCGACGUUUGUGAUUCCAGUCACGACGCCGAAUUCUAAAUACUCGUCUUGGAAUAACGCAUUUGAGAUAGCAUGAACUAGAGUCCGGAUUCGGUCGUAGUACGAGCACUUGGGCGUGUGGCCGCUGGUAUGGAUUACCUAAAAUAACACAGGCACUGAAUGGAUUUAUCCCGACUGUGCAGGAAGGUGGUUUCACGAGUGACCCACAACACCUGGCCGCUCUCCCGCCCUACACCGGCAAUGACUUCAAAGAAAUGGUAGAGCUGAGAGUCCCCCUGGUGGACAAAACCGAUUUCAUCAAACAAUUCAACUCCUCCACCAAAAGGAUCCUGAUCACCCGUCCACGCGGGUUCGGCAAAACCUUCAACUUGUCCAUGCUGAAACACUUCUACGCGCUCAACAUCAACUCCACCCACCUGUUCCAGGACAAGGCGAUCUGCAAGGACAAAGCCUUCUGCGCGAAAUUCCUAAACAAGCGCGAAGUCCUAUAUAUGAGUUUUGGGGGCCUCAACCACAGCACUUUCGAAGGGGUCCGGGGCGCGUUCAAAGGGUUCGCUCGACGACUGUACCAGGAGAACUCCUACCUGGCCAAUAGCAGUCACGUUCCGCCAGCGGAACAACCGGCCUUCAAGGCGUUCGCCCGGGGGAAAAUAAACGACAACCAAAUCCCGGAGGCAUUCGGACUUCUGGUCCGUUACCUCCACGCCGGCCGUGGGAAACUCGUGCUUCUCCUUGAUGAUUACGAUGGACCAAUCAGGACCGGCUACACACACAAAUAUUACGACCGCAUCCGCACUUUAGUUUCCGCCAUCCUGAGAGCGUUAUUCCAGGACGACUACUUAGAAUUCGGCGUCGUGACUGGAAUCACGAACGUCGGAACUGAAGACAUGAACUUCCUCGAGUACCCGAUGAACGACGGUGCCCUCUCCGAGUUCUUCGGCUUCACCUACGAUGAAAUGGAGGCUCUGGCGAAACAGUUCGGCGUGCCGAAACCGGGGCUGGUGCCGAAGAUGGAGGCCAUGUACGAGGGAUACUACUUCGGCAACCGGACGGUCCACAACCCGUACGACGUGGUGGUUAGUCUGCGGAGGGGAGGAGAUCUGGAUGACCACUGGGUGCAGGCCUGCGGGGAUGAGAACCCGUACGAGUUCUGGAACGAGUUCGGGUUGAUGCCGUCCCUCAAAGGACAGUUCUUGCUCGGCGAUGUUAUGCCUAGACAAUGGCUUCGGAAACAGGUAGACUUGUCCCUUAUGGACUCGGACGAGGACAUGUUCUGGACGUAUGUAACCAGGUUAGGUUACCUAACGGUGGCCGAUGUCCUAUCGAUUACCGGUAACGGGGAUGCCCUCUACGCCCUGCGAAUCCCGAACCAGGAACUCCGCGAGACGAUCCACUUCAUUGUCUACGGCAUCCCGCAUCACUUCCAGGUCCGCGAAUACGAAAAAUUUGAGGAAGCCUAUCAAUGGCAGCAGGAGAAGGCUGCCACGAGGAUCUUGACCAAGUACGCAAACAGGACGGGGAAGUACUUCAAGACAGCCCCCCUGAGGACAGCCCUCGGGCUUGUUACAGGGCUGGAGGAGACUAGAGGCCGGCUCAUCAAGGUCCCUGGGGACUGCGAAAUGUACAUCUUCGAAAAGGCACAGAAUAUGAUUCUGUUGAGGACGGUCAUCGAUAAGGCGGACCUGAAUCCUCAGACAGAGGAAAAGUGGAUGAUCGACUGUUUCGAGCACAUCAAGAAGAAAUUACCCGAGAACAGGGUCACGCGGCAGGCCGUCGUGUCAGUCUGGGGCACCACCGUCAUCAUGCAGUUUUAUCAAUAUCGAUAGACUUUCUCAAUGUCGUCGUGGGACUGAACGACCUUCCGUCUCCGUCUAUGACGAUGCGAACUUCCAUGUGAGCCCAAAUUGGUACUGCACGUGACAAAUCUGCGCCAGAAACUCUCAAAAUCCAAUGGUCGAAAAGUAACGAUUGCUGGGAAACGUACAAGCCAGCUCAGAUGGGGGAGGUGGAGGGAGAGAGACAGAGAGAAAUGGCACUAUGUAUUACUUUUUAAGUUCUUACACCAGGUCUCUUCUUAACUUAUUCCUACCAAGGAUUGACUCAAUUGGAUUGUUUGUUUCAUUUAUUUGUUGUGUUCGUUUGAUUGUGUGUCAAAUUUAUCUUGCCGAAAAAAGUAAAAACGUUCACUGUCCUGCAAAUAAACCAGUAUUAUUUUUGUAAUUGGAAUGUCCAAAGGACGUCGAAUAAUAAUUAAAUCGUUACGUUUGUUCAUCUA